CGAUGCAGCGUCGUUUUAAUUAUGUUUGCCAAACACACCCCUAAACUAAAAACAAAAGCGAAACCGUCGAUAGCUCUCACUCUAAACCCCUUCAGAAACCUGCAGUUCUCUGCUCGCCGAUAGCCGAUCCCGGCCACCUCAUUUCUCCGCCGUGUUUGUUUUCAUAACACCUACAACAGCAGAUUCACCUCUACUGUUCAAGUUUCCUUUUCCUUUUGCCUCAUUAUUUUGGUCGUUAUUUUCAUCGCUAGCAUAAUUUUAGGGUUUUGACACCAGCCAUGCCGAGGUAUUACUGUGAUUACUGCGACACUUACUUGACUCACGAUUCUCCCUCUGUUAGAAAGCAACACAAUGCUGGUUACAAGCACAAGGCAAAUGUGAGAAAUUAUUAUCAGCAGUUUGAAGAGCAGCAGACUCAAAGUCUGAUUGAUCAAAGAAUAAAGGAACAUCUCGGUGCAGCAUUUCAGCAAGUUGGAGCUGCUUAUAAUCAGCAUCUUCUGGCACGGCCGCGUCUUCCUGUUCUACCAACACCUAUGAUGCCUAUGGCAGGGAAUCCGCAGAUGAUGGCCGGGUUUAGGCCGCCUCUUGUCCUGCCUCGACCUCCAGGUCCCCCGGGUUAUUUCUCUGCUCCAGGCAUGCCACCUAUGAUGGCACCACCGGGCACUCCUUCCUUACCUGGUCAACUUAAUGGUCUUCCAAGGCCUCCUAUGAUGAUGCCCCCGUCAUCUGCUCCUGGAAGUACAACAGCGCUACCUCCUUCUAGUGGUGCCCCCUCCAUGGCUCCUAAUUAUCAACCUAAUCCAACACCACCCUCAAGUGGAGGCUAUGAUAGCUUCAAUAACAACCAAGCUCCUGAGUCUAAUCAUUGAUCUGUUCAAAUUGGCAUUGAGAAGAAAGCAAAAUCAACUACAUAAACAUUUCGGCCCCUGAAUUAGAUCCUAUCUUGUGCUAUUAAAGUUGUUCCAAUGUGGUGCUAAUCUUGUGUGCAACUGUCAUUCUUUUUACAACUUAAGAUACUGUUAAAAAAAGAAUAAACAUCGAGGUUUAGCUGGAGGCACUUGCUUUUUUCCCGAACUUAAAUGUCAUUUGAUUUGGAUGGAUUAAAUUCUCUGCUAAUGCAUUCUGACCGAAGUGAUGCCAUGGUGUAUUGCAUACAAGGACAGCAUUGUAAUUGUGGGUAUGUUGCAUCAAUAGAUUUUGGGUGAUGAUAAA